AUGCAACCAUUCCAAUGGUGUAACGGGUGCCUGUGUGCUUUGGGUAUUCAGCGAUCUGAACACUACUGCAGCAUGACGUCGGACAUCUACCAGCUCCCGCUCAAUGUCUAUGUCAUUGUGCUGGGCAUUGGGCUCUUCGUCUUCAUGCUCAGCCUCAUCUUCUGCUGCUACUUGUUCAGGUUGAAACAACAAGGAACCAGAGAGCAGUUCAGCUACAAUGAGGUGGUGCUAAAGGGAGCAAGUAAGAAGCUGAGCCUGCUGGGACAAACCUGUGCAGUGUGUUUGGAGGAGUUCAGGACCAGAGACGAGCUGGGGGUGUGCCCGUGCUCGCAUGCAUUUCACAAGAAGUGCCUCCUCAAAUGGCUGGAGAUCCGCAGCGUGUGCCCCAUGUGUAACAAGCCGAUCAUGCGCCUUCACACAGACGCUCCGCAGGGCGCAGAGGGGCCGCUGGACCCGGAGGAGGUGUGA